UCACGUCCACCAGGCGAUGACCCGGAAGUGCCGGUGCCCCCGGAAGUACUACCGCUCGGGGCAAGAUGGCGGAGGACGAGGAGGAGGAGGAGGACUUCACCUACUUCGGGUCGGCGCUGGAGCCGCUGGAGGAGGGGCAGACGACUGUGAAGAAACCAGUUCCGCUGCAGGAGCAGACAGUGAAGGAUGAGAGGGGACGGUAUCAGCGCUUCCAUGGUGCAUUCACCGGCGGCUUCUCCGCAGGGUACUUCAACUCCGUGGGAUCAAAGGAAGGAUGGGCGCCAUCAACGUUUGUGUCCGCGUCGCGGCAACAGAAGGCGGACAAGCAGAUGUUUGCCCCCGAGCACUUCAUGGACGAGGAGGAUCAGGAGGAGCACGGGAUAGCGCCGCGAGGGAUCGUGACGAGGAGCAGCUUUGCGUCCAAGGCAACGGACGCGGUGCAGGAGAGGGCGCGAGCGCUGGCUAGCGUUGCCGGGCCCAUCCCUGGAGCCAGCGCCCUCGGGGACCUCAUCACCCUGGCAACGGUAACGGUGGGUGUACGCCUGCUCCGGCUGAUGGGCUGGAAGGAAGGCCAGGGGCUGGGGCCCCGCGUGAAGAGGAAAGCCCAGCGGCAGUACAUUGAGCCAGCAGUGAGAGUGUACGGCUGUUCCCUGCCAGAUGAAGAGCUGCAGCAGCCACAGGAGUGUGAGGGAGAGGCCUACCUGCCAGAAGGCCUGACCUUUGCCCCCAGGGACGUGGUGCCCAUGGACUUCACCCUGAAGGACGAUCGUCACGGACUGGGCUACAGCGGCAUCGAUCCUCGCCGGGCACUGUGCGGCUCUGCCAGCCUGGACCCAGACACCCUGGUCCCCAACCCUGCCCACCGUCUGUUGGAGCAGGCCCCGGUCACUGGACACACCAGGCCCGGCAUCACUGGACAGGCGUUUGGUGUGGGUGCGCUGGAGGAGGAGGAUGACGACAUCUAUAGCAGGGACUCGAUGUCACGCUACGACUCUGUGCUCAACGAGGAGGAGCCGGGGGAUGGGCUGUAUGGCUGGACCGCCCCAACCCCCACGCCACGCGGCAGGGGCAGAGGUGCCUGUCUCCAGCAGGGAUACGUGGGCAAAGAGAUGGAAGGCUUCACUCUGAGAGCGGCCACCACCAAGUCCAUCACGGUGUAUCCUCCCCCCGAGCUGCCCAGGGAUUACAGGCCUGUCCACCACUUUGGCCCAGCGGUCACCGUGGGCACUGCCAGAUCGCCCUGGCUGCAGGCUCUCGACCAGUCGGCAGGACAGCUCAACGCCCCCGCCGCAACCCACGGUCGGCACCAGCUCAACGCAACGCAGCGCAGAGAGCUGCUCGGGGAGAGCGCGCUGGCAGGUCCUCGCUCGGUGUUUGAUCUCCUCACUGUGGAAGACAAGGAGAGGCUCCAGGAAGCACAGCGCGCAGCGGGUCGCCUGACCAGCCCACAUCCCUGCCAGCAGCAGACCCUCCCUCUAGCCCUGCCACCUAGCAGUGGCCCGGGGCAGGAGCCCAGUGGGUUCAAACCCUUCCUGAAGGACCCACCGAAGCAGCAGCGCUACGAGCAGUUCGUGCAGAGCCUGAGGGCUGGGCAGAGCGAGGCACUGGCCGGCUGCCUGGACCCCUGCAUGACGGAGUGGGAGCAGGGCCGUGAGCGUGAGGAGUUCGGCCUGGCGGCAGUGCUGUACCGACCCCACAGCACCUCACUGGCCUCCCGCUUCACCCACGCCAAGCUGUCCGACCACACGGACCACGUGGAGGUUCCCCAGCAACAGGAGAGUGACGUCCAGGAUAAAGACGCUGCGGUGACAAUGAAUAUGUUUGGGACGCUGACCCGAGACAAGUGUGACUGGCAUCCGGAGAAGCUGCUGUGCAAGAGAUUCAACGUCCCCGACCCCUACCCUGGGUCCACAAAUGUUGGACUGCUAAAGGUGAAGCGAGACAAGUAUUCUGUGUUCAACUUCCUAACUGUCCCCACAGUUGCUGCACCCAGCGGCACGGUGCAGCGCCCGGGCAAAUCCUCCACAGGAGUGGAGGGCAAGCGGCGUUCCAGGUGGGACGUGAGUGCAGAGAACAUGGAGGAGGAUGGAGCGGGCCAUGCAAUCCCGGCCUCAGUCCCAGCGGACAGCACCACCCCACACGGGGGAGAGGAGCCGCCAGCAUGCCUGCCCCAUGACAAGGCUGAUACUGAGGAGGAGGACAGCCGGCCAGCCAUGGACCUCUUCAAAGCCGUCUUUGCCAGUUCCUCCGAGGAAAGGUCCUCGUCUUCCUCCUCCGAGGAUGAGGACGCCAAUCAGACGGAGGCCCCUGCGGAGGCUGAAGAGGCAGCACAGCCCAGUCACCAGGCUGCUCCCACCCGCACUCUGCCAGGUUUGGUGCAGCAGCUGGAAGGAGGAGAGGGUUCCAGCGGGACACAGCCACGACCGCGCAGUCCGCAGACACCCGUGGGUGCCGAGGAGUUUGGGCCACGCCUGCCGCCGGCCCUGGUUCACGGGGCUGGCUCCGUCACCGUGGAGACCCAGAGUGAGGAGAGGGAGAGGCACAGUGGUGGCGCUGCAAACCGAGAGGAGCGAAGGAGAGAGAAGCACAGCAGUGGCUCGCAGCGGGAGGAACGGGAGCAAAAGAAGCACAAAGACCGACGGAAAGGGAAGAAGCAGAAGAAGGAGUCGAAGAAGAAACACAAGAAGCACAAAGUGCGGCGGAGGACAAAGGGCGGCAGCGUGGGGAGGGAGGAGCCGCAGGCCCUGCCCGGCCUGGACCUGCAGCAGCGGAUGAAGAACGUUCCAUUGAUGUUCCACUGAGAGUAGACACUGGUGUGAGGCCGUCCACACCUACAGCCACCAGUGACCAGUGGUGGGGGUCAGCAGCAGUAACCAGCCGUGGAGACAGUGACCAGUGAUGAGCUGGCCGUCCACACACCACCCAUCACAGCGGCAACACCGGGAAUGAUGCAGCACCCGACUCCAUCUCGGCAAAUCCACGGCAGAGGGGCUCAGCUCAGCAACGGAACAUGCGACUCUUGGUGGGGAUAGGAGGGUUGGGGGAAGGGAG